ACAGAAGCGACUACACGACCACAAUUCAACGACGGAAGCCAACGCGACGGUGGCUUCCACCACGAGCGAGUAGUUCGCCUUACUAACUUGGUGACUUGGUCACUCAGUGAGUGGUCCGUCGCGUUUAAAAAGUGAUUUUACUCGACAAGUUCGGUCAAUUAUUCAAUCGGUUAUUUGUUCACGUGAUCCGCAACUUCUUCGAAUGGUUACCACCCUUGUGAGGAUCAUCGGAAAAGAUGGUGAUUUUACGACGAUAUCCAAUGUAGUGGUACAAGAACAGAAAGUGUCUAAGAAAAACAUUCUUUUAUUUCUUUCUUUUAUGUAAGUUGAAUUCCUUAGCCGCGGGUGGUCCAUAGCUAACCGUUUUUAACUGUCAAUCGGAUGAUCGGAAAGACUUAAGAGUUUGAUUAGUUCGCUCAUGACAACAAUUAAACAGUGGACUAAAAAUGGAUAUCUUUGAAGAAGGAUCGAGCUGUUUCGCACAGCUGAAUUAUUGCAGAUGCACCAAUAAGUGUCGCAUUAUCAUUACAUAAUUCAUUAUGAACCGUCGUCGAAAUAUCGAGAAGUUCAGAUUUGGUUUCAGACACCUCCGAAACUCAAGUUCGAAGUUAUUUGCUUACGAUGCAGAAAUCAAAUACAGUUUUGAAGGACAAAUAAAUAAUCAUAUAUGCGUAAUAUAUAUAUAGCAAUUCUAUGCAUUUUUUAAUCAACGAUGUAAAACGCAAAAUGGCUAUCGUUUGUAGAAACGCGUUUAUUAAAGUUUUAAAUAAAAAUUUAAACUGACAAUUAUGUGAAUAAGUGUGACAUCGUAAUGAUUAAAAAAUAAUUAAGCAUUCGAGGUACUCUUUUGUAAUAAAGUACAUGAACCGUCAGAUGUUUUAUAAGAUAACGAUAAUUUCAUAGGUGUACGAUUAUCGUAGAAAAACUAUAAAAUUUUUUUAGACUUAAAGCGUGCAAAUAUACAGUUUCUUAAAUACGUGUAUUUUGCGCUCUUUCUUUUUAAAUGCCAAGGCUUUAUUGGAGUAAGUCUUGAUGAAUGAGAAUGUAAUCGACAUCGUUAUGAAUGAAACAUGUGUGAUUAAACAAUCGUCGCGUCGAACGUGCGAAUAACGGAUGCUUACUUUCGUCAUCAGUUAUUCAUCCGGCUGAUCUAUAAGACACCAUGAUAUAGUAUCCCGAACUGCUGAAUGGCAGAAGUGGAAAACUACGUCUCACAAACGUUCGACGAAAAAAGUGACAAUAUCUAAUAUAAAAUAUAUGGACAAUAAACGAACAUUCGUAGAGAUAUAGAACUGUCAGUGAAUUGUUGAAACUUUAUUGAAAUGAAGAUUGUGCGACACAGAGUGUUGGUCCAUUUUUCAUUUGCAAUUUUGAGCAAGAAAUCGUAUUUUUAAUCUGUGAUUUGAGACAAGUGCGUCGAUCAAGAAAACGGAAAGAGAAUCGUGAAAAAAACUCACGUUUAUUACGUUUCAUUAUAUUUCCCGCGCAUGGGACCGGCGAAUGAGCUCGGAAUCCUGUCUUCUGUCUGACAUCUCGGUUCAUGAGAGCCACGCAGACGUCAGUCAAGGAUGUCGGACAGUUCGGAUCAGCUGUCAUCGCCGAACAGCGACUGCAACAGUCAGAUAGGCGUCGUGCAUCGCAAUGCAGCCGCGCAGUACAGUAAUGCGACGUCGAUGUCCGGUCUGGGGUUGAGCCACCAUCCCCAGAAUCCGACGCCGACGUCAAACGGCAGUCCCCAGUAUUCGCAGGAACUUUCUACCUGCAGCUCCGCCAGCCACCUGAACACUAAUAUCGUCAACAUCAGCGGGCUCUCCCUCAGCACUACCAAUAGCAAUUUCACACCCGAACAAAUAUCCUGCAUGUGUGAAGCGCUAUCGCAAAGUCAGGAUAUUGAGAAAUUGUCGAGAUUUCUUUGGUCCUUGCCGCCUGGAGAACUGCUGCGUGGAGGCGAGAGUGUUCUGAUGGCGCGUGCUGCCGUUGCCUUUCAUCGCGGAGCCUAUCACGAACUCUACUCGAUCCUGGAAAGUCAUCCCUUCUCGCCACGUCGUCACCCUGAACUUCAGCAAAUGUGGUUCAAAUCGCACUAUCGCGAGGCCGAGAAAGUUCGCGGUCGACCAUUGGGUGCCGUCGACAAAUAUCGAUUGCGCAAAAAGUACCCGCUACCGAAGACGAUUUGGGACGGCGAAGAGACAGUUUACUGUUUCAAAGAACGAUCGAGAAACGCCCUGAAGGAAUGCUACAUGAGAAAUCGGUAUCCCACGCCGGACGAGAAGAAAAAUCUCGCGAAGAAGACCGGCCUGACACUAACUCAAGUAUCCAAUUGGUUCAAGAAUCGCCGGCAGCGAGAUCGCACGCCGCAAAGCACGAGAGCGGACAUGAUGCCACUAAAUUGCCAAAGCACUACCAACAGUACGAUUAAUAGCGCGGUGAGCAAUGGCGGCAGCAUUCAGUCGUUGCAAAGCAUCGAUUCCGACAGUCCGAAUCUUACGAUGUCACCUCUAUCGACUAUGGGUAUGUCUCCAGUCGCUAUGAAUCCAUGCAGUCCGAUGGGCAUGAGUCCCAUGGGACCUCAUCAUGGAUAUGCUACUCCGGUUACGCCGUCGUCCGUUCACACCGCGCAUCCGCAUAAUGGUGGAUUAAGCCCCAUGAACAAUGUUAAAGCUCUUUGCUAUGGACGCAGCGUGUAUGACACAGGAAAAGACGUGGAGCAGAGCUCGGUCUACUACUCCAGCCACUCCAGCAUGCAUCAUCAGUAUUACCAGCAGACUCAUCAUGAAAUGAUGUCCAACUCCCAUCAUCAUCAUCAUCAUCAGCAAAGCGUGCCAGCCGGUUACGAGAUCAUGCUGCCGCCACCUCAACAUUCGAUGUGACCAACAGACUACGAGAGUGACCGAAAUAAUCAUGGCCAGAGCGACGACGUGCUUGCACGUAUACACGCUUUCGCCUGAUUUUAUUGCUUUUUCUUUCGUCUCGAUUCGAGUCAGAUCGCAAUAAAGAAUCGAUAAUCGAGUGGAAAAUUUAAAAACGUUCUACAAUCAGAUGACGCACUCUCGUAGUCUUCCUUCAUCAUAUUCAUUGUCUUCAAAAAAUUUACUUAAAAGAAUCGAAUAAUGUCUAUGUGCAUUAUGCGUGAAUGUAUGAUAUGUUCUGAUAAUCCUUACAUGAAUGUAUGUAGGUUUUCUGGGUUAUGCAAUUUAGAGUAUUUUGAAAAUAAUUGAUUUUUCUAUUUUUUUGAAAGAUGGAUAAAUACACGAUAAUUUUCGAUGCAUUCCGUUUCAUGCAUAAUACGCAUAGACUGCAUUUAAUGUGUUGCGUGCAUUGAUAUCUUAUUAAUGCGCACGAUGCACUUGAAAACGGAAUGGCUUAUUUGAGCGAAAAACUACCAUUAAUAAAAUGUUAUUUGCUAAUUUUUAUUUUAAUAAUAAAGAACAAG